AUGCCUCCCCUUCCCCGGGCUCCUCAGUCCCGAGGGCCGGGCCCGCACUCGGCGCCUUCGAGCCCCGGGGGGCCCGGCUCUGCGCGCACGGCCGGGAAGAAGGCGCAGCUGCGCGCGGCUCCGCGGGCCAAGAAGCUGGAGAAGCUGGGCGUCUACUCCGCUUGCAAGGCUGAGGAAUCAUGUAAAUGCAACGGCUGGAAGAACCCCAACCCACCUCCCACACCUCCUCGGGCAGACCUGCAGCAGGCAGUUGUGAGCCUUACUGAGCCGUGCCGCAGCUGCAGUCACACACUAGCUGCUCAUGUUUCCCACCUGGAGAAUGUGUCUGAAGAAGAAAUGAAUAGGCUGCUGGGGAUUGUACUGGAUGUGGAGUACCUGUUCACCUGUGUCCAUAAAGAAGAAGAUGCAGACACCAAGCAAGUUUAUUUCUACCUAUUCAAACUUUUGAGGAAGUGCAUUUUACAGAUGGGAAAACCUGUUAUUGAAGGAUCUUUGGAAAGUCCCCCAUUUGAGAAGCCUAGCAUUGAGCAGGGUGUGAAUAAUUUUGUGCAGUACAAAUUUAGCCACUUACCCUCAAAGGAAAGGCAGACAAUAGUGGAACUGGCUAAAAUGUUUCUGAACCGCAUUAACUACUGGCACCUGGAGACACCUUCUCAACGAAGACUAAGAUCACCCAAUGAUGAUAUUGCAGGGUAUAAAGUGAAUUAUACCAGGUGGCUUUGUUACUGCAAUGUCCCUCAGUUCUGUGACAGUCUACCUCGAUAUGAAACCACGCAGGUUUUUGGCAGGACUUUGCUUCGCUCCGUUUUUACUGUAAUGAGACGGCAACUGCUGGAGCAGGCCAGGCAAGAGAAAGACAAGCUUCCUCAAGAGAAACGGACACUAAUCCUCACCCAUUUCCCUAAGUUUCUGUCAAUGCUGGAAGAAGAAGUGUACAGCCCAAAUUCUCCUAUUUGGGAUCAGGAUUUCAUGGUGUCUACUUCUCGAACUGGCCAGCUGGGAAUCCAGACAGUUAUCAAUCCUCCUCCUGUUGCAAGAUCUGUUUCAUAUUGUGCAAGCCCGUCAUCUCUGGAGCAACCCAACAGUGGAAAUAUGAGUCCUGCUUGCAAAGUUUCCUCAGUCCUUGACCCAAACUUAGGGGAAAAGAGAAAAAAUAAUGAACCGUAUUCUCUGGAGGACUCAAAAAGACCAAGGGUUAUAGGAGAUAUUCCUAUUGAGUUGAUCAAUGAAGUGAUGUCAACAAUUACAGAUCCUGCGGCAAUGCUUGGGCCAGAGACCAACUUCCUCUCGGCACAUUCAGCUCGGGAUGAGGCAGCAAGACUGGAGGAGCGCAGGGGGGUGAUUGAAUUCCACGUGGUUGGGAACUCCCUGAACCAGAAGCCAAACAAGAAGAUCAUGAUGUGGCUGGUUGGUUUGCAGAACGUGUUCUCCCAUCAGCUCCCUCGAAUGCCAAAGGAGUACAUCACACGUUUGGUUUUUGAUCCGAAACACAAGACUCUUGCAUUAAUAAAAGAUGGUCGCGUUAUUGGCGGUAUCUGCUUCCGAAUGUUCCCUUCCCAAGGAUUUACAGAGAUCGUUUUCUGUGCUGUGACUUCCAAUGAGCAAGUCAAGGGUUAUGGAACUCACCUAAUGAACCAUUUGAAGGAGUACCACAUCAAACACAACAUUCUCAACUUUCUCACAUAUGCAGAUGAAUAUGCUAUCGGCUACUUCAAAAAACAAGGUUUUUCCAAAGAUAUUAAAGUACCAAAAGCAAAAUAUGUUGGCUACAUCAAGGAUUAUGAGGGUGCCACGUUAAUGGGAUGUGAAUUAAAUCCAAGGAUUCCCUACACAGAAUUUUCGGUCAUCAUUAAAAAACAAAAGGAGAUCAUUAAAAAGCUCAUAGAAAGGAAACAAGCUCAGAUUCGAAAAGUUUAUCCUGGCCUUUCUUGCUUCAAAGAUGGAGUACGACAGAUUCCUAUAGAAAGCAUCCCUGGAAUUAGAGAGACUGGCUGGAAACCAAGCGGAAAAGAAAGAGGUAAAGAGCCCAAGGAUCCAGAUCAACUUUACAGCACAUUAAAAACCAUCCUGCAGCAGGUGAAGAGCCAUCAAAGCGCUUGGCCCUUCAUGGAACCUGUGAAGAGAACAGAAGCUCCUGGAUAUUAUGAAGUUAUAAGGUUUCCCAUGGAUCUCAAAACAAUGAGUGAGCGACUCAAGAAUAGGUACUACGUGUCUAAGAAAUUAUUCAUGGCAGACUUGCAGCGAGUCUUUACAAAUUGCAGAGAGUACAACCCCCCCGAGAGUGAAUACUACAAAUGUGCCAAUAUACUGGAGAAAUUCUUCUAUACAAAAAUUAAAGAAGCUGGAUUGAUUGAUAAGUGACACUUUUUUUUUUUUUUAAACGACCAAUCAGUGUGCCUACUUUAUGGGCAGGGGAAGCCAUUAUAUCUGAGUUGUGGGACUAUAAGGUUUUGAAAAACUUGUGUUUAAUGAUUAGCACUUUUAAAAACCCUUUCAGUUUUGCAAACAUGUAUUAUAACAAAGUUACAAAAAUUAUUUUAUUAAAAUGCUUUAUAAUAUAUUUAAUUAUUGAUCUUUUUGUGUUCCCACUACCGUAUGUUCAUCAUAACCUUCCCAGUGUCAGAAAAACUACAAAAUAUGGGAAGUUGCACUUGUUUGGGAAUCUGAAGAAAAUUUCCAGACAAUUAAUGUUAUAGCUUACCUAAUGCAGUAACUACUUGGAAAACUUUAUGAUUUUUCCCCAUUAAAAACAAAACACAGUAAGGGAGAACAAAGGGAGGGAGGGAAUAUCUAAGACACUUAUUUCAUUGUAGGAUCUUUUUAUAAUAUAUUAUUUUUUAAAAGAAACACUCAGCUGGUUGAGAAGCUGUGAGAGAACAGCCAGUUCCAAACAAGAACUGCCUACAACAUUUGAUAGAUGCAAGUUUUUCUAUUCCUUUUUUUUUUUUUUUUAAUAGAUAUUAACUUUCAAAUUGUAAUAUCAUAACCACUAUUAAAAGAGAUAAUUAAAAAAAAAAAUCAGACUAGAUACGUAAUGUCAUAAUAACUUAUGCAGGACAUAAGUACUCAAAAUAUCUUUAAAGGCUCCAAUUUAAUUAUACUAUAUUUAAUUUUAAUUGGCUUAAUGACAUUAAGGUUUUGAUGCACUUCACGACCCACCCCAUAUAAUACUCUUCACUCAUAAAUUCUUCAGGUUAUUCAGCAGAGACAAAAGUACACAACUGUCAGUGUCUUUCAGCUUCAAUCUUAUAUACUUGCUUCUGUGGUAAACUGGAUUUUCUACCAAGCUUUAUUGUAAAUACUUAUUAACUGUGAUUAUUUAGACCCAGGAGCAUAUUAACAUUUUACAACUCAUGUUAGCAUAUCUUCAAAUUAAGCACAUAUGUAAUAUAUAUUUUGCUGCCUACACUACAUUUAAGAGGUACUUCUAACUUCCUAAUUGAGAUAGGACAGGCCAAAAAGUCAUCACUUGACAUUUUCUAAUCAGUUUGUAACUAUAAUGCUUUUGUGACAAACAAAUUUAACUCUCAAUCUUAGUGUUUUAUAUUUACAGAUGAUACACUGGUAACAUUCAGUAGUUAUAAGGCUGAAAAACCCCCACCCUAUGCUGCAUCAAGGAAUAUAUUCCUGCAAAAUACCUGUGCAAUGUUGAAGCAGUUAAGUAGAGUCAGGAACUAUCUGGUAGUAAACGUGGUAUAUGCAAAAUACUCAAAAUGUUAACACUAGAAUUGCCACAGUGUUUCACAUGAGAUUAGUCUGACCUACAUUUGGAUCUAUAACUAAGGUACAAAGAAUUUUUCUUUUUUUAAUUAGCCAGUACCAGAUGCUAUGAUCCGGUUUUGUAGAUUGGGCCUACAGGUGCACCUGUAAGCUUAGUAUCCUGUGAAAUUUUGUUAUUUUCAGAGUAGAUUUUCUUAUUGUAUUUCAAUCAGAUUGUCUCUUCUAUAUUGAAACAUUUGUUUUCUAAUUUAAGAAUUAAUAUUUUCAUAGAUACUGUGCAAUAAAGUUACAGUAGAAUGUGGUUUUGCAAAUGCUUUAACAGCUGAUGAAUUUUACAUUUGUAAAAUUAAUAUAUUGUAUUGGUACAGAAUAGUUUUAAAUUAUAUAUGUACAAAACCUUA